AUGGCUGAAAUCCGUAAGCUUGAGGUUGAGUGUAAAGCUAAGUGCUCUGCGGAGAAGUUUUUCUCUAUGAUGACUCGUGAUGCACUCAAGCUUCCAAAAUAUGCUCCUCAAACAAUCCACAAUGUCCAAGUUCUCCCUGGAGACGGUGAAGUUCGAGCAGGAAGUGUUUAUAUUUGGGUUUAUAAACUCGUUAAUAAACCUCCUGCCGUCACCCCAAAGGUGAAGGUAACUGCGGUGGACCAUAAGAACUUGUCAUUAACGUUGACAGUCAUUGAAGGAUAUCUCACGGAUGAUUACACAAGUUUCUCUAACACACUUACUACCACUACACAGAGGGAUGGAAACUAUAAUUUCCUUGUGAAGUGGUCAGCACGAUAUCAGAAAGUGAAUAAAGAAGUACCUGAUCCAACAUUUGUUAUGAAAAUGCUGGAAGAUUUACCAAGGAAUUGGAUACCAAUUUGCUCAAGGAACAGUAGACUCAGACAAGAUUUAAUUAUCUAUAUAGAUGAUUGCACGAAGCUACAAGUUUGUGCUGGAUGUUUAAACAUAUUAGACAUCUAA